GCACUGCAGCAGUGCAGGCCAGUGCGCCAGGCACCACCAUCACCAUGUGCGGCGCGGCGCGGUGCGGUGCCUCCUCACUCCGUAUUUACUCCCACCACUUGCUGUCGCGCCACGGCUACUUGUUCGAGCUCCAGGGACCAGACGGUAGCACAAGCACAAGCAACAAGGAGCAGGACAAGUGCCGUGGAAGGAAGAGAUGGGAGUUUCCAGCGUGCAAUGCUACUCCUCCUCCUUGCUAGCGUUGCUUCUCUGCUCCUUGCUCGUGCAUCCGUCGCAAGCAUUCAAGCUGCAUGAGGAGAAGGUGCCGUUGAGCUUCAUCGUGCCGGACCCCUCGCCGGUGCUGUCGCCGUUCUCCGCACCGCCGCCGGUGACAGGCGCCGACGACGACGACGGGCUGAGGCCGAGGCUGCCGACGGAGCGGUGGAAACGGGGCCGGGGCGAGGAGAGGCGGGCCCGUGGUGGCGCGCACGCCCCGGCGCACGCGCCGUGGUCGGCGGGCCCGGCACGCGCGCCAGCGCCAUCCUACGCGCCGGCGCCUGACUCCGGAAGCGGGGCGCCGGUCAUCGAGAGCAGCCCCGCCGUGCCGGUUCCGCGCGGCGUCAGGGACACGGCCACCAUCCUGCCCAUGCCCGCGCCCGGCGUCAAGCGGCAGGACGUGGGCGGAGCUGCUUUGGCUCGACCCGGUAUGGUGCCGCUGGUGGUCGGGCUCGUCAUGAUGGCGUCUUUAGGAGCUUUAUUAUGCUACUAGUAGUUUUUUUUUCUUUUUGAUCUGUAGUAGUGGUAGUAGCCGUAGCCAGUGUCGCAGAGCCGAUGAAGCUUUUAAUUUUUCUCCUCCUUUCUCGCUGUCUUUCAGUGCUAAUCCUCUGUAAACAAAGCUCGUCUUCCUUUAUUUUGGCCACCAUCUUUGUCUUC